CUCCUCGCCACCCCUCUCUCUCUCUCUCUCUCUGAGUCCACGCAGCUGCGAUUCUGCUAAAGAACACGAGCGAACCGAGCGCCUUGCUCGCAACCAGGGCGAAGAAUAAUGUACAAAUCGAGGCUACAAGAGCUGUGCCACCAGCGAUCAUGGGGCUUGCCGGAGUACGCGGCUUCGAAACAAGGCCCCGACCACAUGCCUCGCUUCACCGGCACCGUCUCCGUGAACGGCCUCUCUUUCCAGACUCCGAACCCCUGCAGAUCCUCCAAAGAAGCCCAGAACGAGGCCGCCAGGCUGGCCUACGACCACUUUUCCGCGCCGCCGGCUCCUCCUAGGGAAUCGCCCCGGGUCGCGCCUCCUCCGUCUCCUUCCGGCGGCUGCAACGCUGUCGGCACGCGUGCUUCAAGUGAAAAUAAAAUGUUACUCCAUCAUCUUGCCACUGUUGGUGAACGUGCAGCCAAAACUGCCAGGGAGAAAUGAAAUUUCAGAAGUUGCUGAGAGCCAUUUAGUUGCCAAUUUGGAGAAAGAGCAGCCAGAACUACCGGAGAGCAAUGAAAUUUCUAAAGCCGCUGAGAGCAGCUCAAUCGCCAAAGCUAGUACAGCUGGAAAAGACAUGCAGCAUUUGUAUAAAAACCAACUGCAAACAUUUGCUCAAAAGAGGAGUCUUGCUCUGCCUAUAUACUGUUCUGAGCAUGAGGGUCCGCCACAUGCUCGUCGCUUUCGGUGCAAAGUUUCAAUAGAUGGAAGAACCUAUGAAACUCCAGAGUUUUAUAAUACGUUGAAAGAAGCUGAACAUGCAUCAGCCAGAAUUGCUCUCAUGUCAUUGUCUUCUGAUACGUCUCAUGAGGCCGAUUGUGCUUUAUACAAGAGUCUUUUGCAAGAAUUUACUCAGAAACAAGGUCAUUGCCUGCCAGUUUAUGAGACGGUGAGAUGUGAUGAAAGUCAUAUACCAACUUUUGUUUCAACUGUGAAGAUAGACGGAGAGAGUUUUAUGGGGCAAGAAGCAAGAACCAAAAAGAUGGCAGAGACUAGUGCUGCAAAAGUUGCUUACGCCAUUCUCAAAGAGCGUUCAUCCGGCAAAAUAAGUGCAAGCUCUACUUCCCAAUCCCCUGUGCUUCAAAGAGAAAAGGCGGCUUCGUCAUCAUAUUGCUCGCCAGCAGAUGACAGUACUGGGUGCCAGCAGAAGGCCACAACUGGACUUACUCCUAGCGUGAUCUCAAAUCAUAGUUGCUCUGAUGGAAAGCAUAUUGAUAAUAAUGAGAAAGUUGAAGCUAGCAACGACAAUCUCCCAGGUUUAUCUAGUGGAUUAGAUACAUCCAUAAGGAGAUCUACUGACCAAUUCAUACCAAACAUGGCAAAUGCUCAUCUGAGGGAUCCGUCCCUAGCUGUUCUCUCUUCGUCUGAAGAUGCUUCCUCCUCAUCCUCUUCCCUCCCACAGUCCACUGAUGCGGUUAUCAACUCCACUGUUCUGCCACCAGCUGAAUUGAAUGGCUUAUCAAACAAUGUGGUUACGGUGUUUUCACGCGCAUCAAACAUGACAUUUCCUCUGCAGAGAAUAGUUCUGAGUGAUGAAACCUGGGUUGCUGUAAGUGCAGAUCCAAGUUAUAGGGGCCAUGCAACCUGAACUUAAGGAAAUAUUGUACAGGUCAUGGUUGUUCAAGGCUCAUAAUUAUCUGUACUGUUCUUGCUAGAAGGGGGACAGGAGCACAAGACGGACGGAUUAGUUGUAGACAACGGACGCAGAGAAGAAAAAAUGCCAGAACAAGAUAAAGAAGAGGAGGCGGUUGGCAGUAAUG